GCUUUGGGGUUGCCCUGGGUCGUUUCCUAGCUCGGGAGUCUCGCAACUCCGUGAAGGCGGCAACGUCUAUCUCUGCUAGAGGACUCUGCGUCCAGUGCUCCAGCCGAAGAACCUCAGGGGACCACCAUCCGCGCCGCCACCAUGCCCAACUUCUCUGGCAACUGGAAGAUCAUUCGGUCGGAAAACUUUGAGGACUUGCUCAAAGUGCUGGGCGUGAACAUGAUGUUGAGAAAGAUUGCCGUGGCUGCGGCAUCUAAGCCAGCGGUGGAGAUCAAACAGGAGGGAGACACUUUCUACAUCAAAACCUCUACCACCGUUCGUACCACGGAGAUCAACUUCAAGGUUGGGGAGGAGUUUGAAGAGCAGACCGUGGAUGGGAGACCCUGUAAGAGCCUGGUGAAAUGGGAGAGUGAGAACAAACUCAUCUGUGAGCAGAGGCUUCUGAAGGGAGAGGGCCCCAAGACCUCCUGGGCCAGAGAACUGACUAACGAUGGCGAGCUGAUCCUGACCAUGACGGCAGACGACGUUGUGUGUACCAGGGUCUAUGUCCAAGAGUGA